UGCGCGCCUAACAAAUUCCGAGCCUGAACAGGUCACCAACCAACCCGGGGAAGACCGUUCGGCCGUACUAUUAUAAUAACCUCCCGCCCCCACGCAAGUGUUCCCCAUCGCGCCGCGCGAAUUAAAAAAAAGAUUCCUCUUUGCUCGCCGGAAACCGCCGCCGCCGCCGCCGUUGAUGGAUUUCGGAAGGACCAAAUCCUCCGCCGCCGCCGCCGCCGUAGCCCUGACGUCCGAAGCGACCUCCCGCCCCUCCGGUCUGCCCUUCUCGGUCACCGCCACGCCGUGGUUCCGGGGGCUGCGGGUCAACGCCUCCAAAUAACGGCUUUCCGAGAGUGCAUUACAGGAGUGCAUUGCUGGUUUUCUCGAGUGGUUGAGGGAAAUAAAGCAAAAGGGGCUCUGCAUCCUUGUGACAGCAAUCACACCAUUGGGGGCUUCUUAAGUUUACACCAAAAUAAGACUGUUUAAGAAGGCGGUCAACUGUCAAAAUGUAUAAGCAGAAGAUCCCGAACUCCGGGUGGGCUGCGUUUGAUCGCAGGUGGCGUGGCACAGAUGGCAGAAGGGAUGAAACUGAUGUCAGUUCAUUUCCAGCUCUCUCAGAUUCUAGAGCCUCCAAUUCUUCUAGCAGCUCUGUUACAGAAAAUAAUAGGCCGAAGUCUAAGCCUUUUGCAUCAGUGGUUCGCCCUUCUGAUGAUUUUGCAGCUGUUAAUAAUGGAAGCGGAAAUAAACAUCCGGGUAAUUUUGUGGAUAAUGUAAAUUAUGGUGCAAUCUCUGCAUCUGAUAAUAAAAUUAAGCUGUUGAAAGAUGCUCACAGUUGGGCCAAUAGUAAUUUGAUCGAGGAUGUAUUAGCUGCCGUGAAUGAUGAUGUCGGCCAAGCAUCUGAUUUGUUGAAAGCUAUGGUCCCUCCUGACUUGCUAACAGGAGAGGGUAAAGCAUCUGGCAAACUUUCUGCUGAGAUGAAUAAAGAAAAUGCUACAGCAGACAGUAGGCAUCCAGAUAGCUCACAUUUGUUGCCUCUGCCAGUGAAUUUGUCCUCCAUACCCUUGGAGCCUGAAUUGGAAGAGCUUGACGAUGAUUACUUAAACCACCGGAAAGAUGCAUUGAAGAUGAUGAGGGCGGCCACAAAGCAUUCUCAGGCUGCCAGCAAUGCAUUCUUGAGAGGUGACCAUGCUGCUGCCAAGGAACUUUCCUUCAGAGCUCAGGAAGAGCGUGCCAUUGCUGAAAAGCUGAACAAUAAGGCAGCAGAAGAAAUAUUUCGCAUCAGGAAUGGCAGCAAUGACAUCUGGAAGAUAGACAUGCAUGGUCUACAUGCAUCAGAGGCUGUAGCAGUAUUGGAGAGGCAUCUCCACAUGAUAGAGUUCCAGCCACGUGGGAAUAAUGCAGCUUCAACCGAUGAAUUAGCUAAGUAUGGAGAUGCAUAUUCUGAAUCAGCCACUGGUUCAAACGUUGUGUUUGCCUCUGAGAAGGUGGUAUUAUGCCGUCGUAAGCAGGCCAUCUUACAUGUGAUCACAGGGAUUGGCAAGCAUAGCAAAGGGCAGGCUUCACUACCUGUUGCAGUUAGGGGCUUCCUCAUUGAGCAUGGGUACCGAUUUGAUGAACUGAGGCCUGGUGUUUUCACUGUGCGUCCUAAAUUCCGCCACUGGUGAACCUGUGACAGUUUGUACGAUUAUAUCAUGUUGUAUCAGUUGCACGAACAUAAAUGCCUGUGAAAUCAGAAUGGCAGUAGAAGGGAAUAAUAGAAAAUUCGGAAACUCGUAGGUUUCUUUUUCUUGAAUGUAGCAAAUUUAUACAUGUAUUGAUGUAACUGUAAUCCCGUAUGCUUGAGAACAGAUACAUAAUUCAGGUGUAAUUGUCUGUAA